CCUUAUUCAUAGAGGUCUCGCGAGGCUUUUCUUCCGCCUCUCGUGGAACACGAUGCGACGUAGGAAUGUGAAAGGCUUCCGCUCGCCGCCAUUUUCUUUCUUUCUUGGCAGGCUGGGAGCGCGGUAGGAAGUAACGAAGCGGACAUGGCGGAUUAUUCGACGGUGCCUCCUCCUUCUUCGGGCGCGCCUGGUGGAGGCGGAGGAGGUGGCGGGGCAGUAAAUGACGCUUUUAAAGACGCGCUACAACGGGCUAGGCAGAUUGCAGCAAAAAUUGGAAAUGAGUCAGGGACAUCGGUGAAUUCAAAUGAUUACAGUUAUGGAGGACAAAAAAGACCUCUUGAAGAUGGAGAUGGCUCUUGGACAAGUCCGAGCAGUACAACACACUGGGAGGGAAUGCCCUCUCCUUUUAAAGAUCAGCCAGAGCCGAAGAAGGUUGCUCCUCCAAAUAACGAUUCUUUUGGAAGUCAGUUACCGCCUAUGCAUCAGCAACAGAGGUCUGUAAUGACAGAAGAAUACAAAGUUCCUGAUGGAAUGGUUGGAUUCAUAAUUGGCAGAGGAGGAGAACAGAUAUCUCGCAUACAGCAAGAAUCUGGAUGCAAAAUACAGAUUGCACCUGAUAGUGGUGGCUUACCUGAAAGAUCUUGCAUGUUAACUGGUACUCCAGAGUCAGUACAGUCUGCAAAGAGAUUACUUGACCAGAUAGUUGAAAAAGGAAGACCUACGCCAGGAUUUCAUCAUGGUGACGGUCCAGGAAAUGCGGUCCAGGAAAUUAUGAUUCCAGCGAGUAAAGCAGGAUUAGUUAUCGGGAAAGGUGGAGAGACAAUAAAACAACUUCAGGAGCGGGCAGGUGUUAAAAUGGUAAUGAUUCAAGAUGGACCACAGAACACUGGUGCAGAUAAACCUCUUAGGAUCACAGGAGAUCCUUACAAAGUUCAACAAGCCAAGGAAAUGGUUUUAGACCUAAUUCGUGAUCAAGGUGGUUUUAGAGAAGUACGCAACGAAUAUGGGUCAAGAAUAGGAGGCAAUGAAGGCCUAGAUGUCCCAAUUCCUCGAUUUGCUGUUGGCAUUGUAAUUGGAAGAAAUGGAGAAAUGAUCAAAAAGAUUCAGAAUGAUGCUGGUGUGAGGAUCCAGUUUAAACCAGAUGAUGGGACAACUCCAGACAGAAUAGCCCAAAUCACAGGACCUCCAGAUAGAUGCCAGCAUGCAGCAGAAAUUAUUACAGAUCUUCUUCGAAGCGUUCAGGCUGGCAAUCCUGGUGGUCCAGGACCUGGAGGUCGCGGAAGAGGUAGAGGUCAGGGCAAUUGGAAUAUGGGGCCACCUGGUGGGCUACAAGAAUUUAAUUUUAUUGUGCCUACUGGAAAAACUGGAUUAAUUAUUGGAAAAGGUGGUGAAACUAUCAAGAGCAUCAGCCAACAAUCUGGUGCUAGAAUAGAACUUCAAAGAAACCCUCCACCAAAUGCAGAUCCAAAUAUGAAAUUGUUUACUAUCCGAGGAACACCCCAGCAGAUUGAUUAUGCUCGGCAACUUAUAGAAGAGAAGAUUGGAGGUCCAGUGAAUCCUCUUGGUCCACCAGUGCCACAUGGACCUCAUGGUGUUGUUCCUGGCCCACAUGGGCCUCCUGGUCCACCUCCUGGUGCCCCUAUGGGACCUUACAAUCCAGCUCCAUAUACACCCGGCCCACCUGGUCCUGCACCUCAUGGUCCUCCAGCACCGUAUGCUCCUCAAGGAUGGGGUAAUGCUUAUCCACACUGGCAGCCACCAAAUCCUCCAGAUCCAGGCAAGCCAACAGAUCCUAAUUCAGCAGCAUGGGCAGCUUAUUAUGCUCACUACUAUCAGCAGCAAGCACAGCCACCACCUGCGGCUCCACCUAGUGCACCACCAGCCACUCAGACCAAUGGACAAGGUGAUCAACCUAAUCCAGCUCCAGCAGGACAGGUAGAUUACACAAAGGCAUGGGAGGAGUACUAUAAAAAAAUGGGUCAACAAGGGCAGCCACAAGAUUAUUCAAAGGCUUGGGAGGAAUAUUACAAGAAGCAAGGUCAGGCAGUUCCAGCUCCAGCCGGGGCCCCUCCAGCAGGUCAACCAGAUUAUAGUGCAGCGUGGGCUGAAUACUAUAGACAGCAGGCAGCCUAUUAUGCCCAGACAAGUCCGCAAGGAAUGCCGCAACAUCCUCCAGCACCACAGUGCAGGUUUGAUCCAGCCAGUAUAGAACUAGCUCUGUAGGGGUGAGGAGGACUGUGCUGUGUAUCAUCCUUGAUUGUUCCUUCAAGGAGCAUUGCACUGUAAGUACAUCAGAAUGACAAAAUGAUGAACUGCAACAGUAUCUUUUUGUCAAUGUUCCACAUAAUGCAAAUGCCAUACCUGUGUGAAUAUUAUGUUGGAAUAAAAUACAGUGCUGAUCUCUUAGGAAAUCAUAACUGCAUCUUAAUUCAGAAACCUAGGUGUGCAUAUAUAUGUAUAUGUGUGUAUGUAUUGAGCUUUAUGGGUAAGUAUACUUCAGACGUUUAGCUUUAGCUAAAAGCAAUUGUCAUUUACUUAAGUAACAUUGUUUGUUAGGGAUUCAGAUAUAAACUUGUACAUUAACAAAACAAAUUUAAAAUGCUUGUGAGGAGGAAGUUGUGUUGUCUCCGUUUGCAUAUUUGGUGAUAUAGGUAUAUGCUAAUUUUAUAAACCUGUAUUAGCCUUAUUUUUUGGAAAACGAUUUUGUUUUGAGAAUACAUGUAGGGUGGCUGCAAGGGAAGGAUAAAAUGAGGCUCAAAAUGAAGUAGUUUUGCUGCACAGAUAGAUAGAAAUGCAUUUUGUUGUAGAAUCAGGAGGGAAUUAUUUUUAUCCCAAUUUAGGAUUUAAAUUAGAAAUUUUGAAGAUACUACUAGGAAGUUAUUAAAUAUAUUUAGAGUAGGCUGUAACGUUUCUUGAUCAAAUAUUUUGCAUGAUUCGUCUGUAGCUUAUUGGAGAAUGGUGUAGUUACUAACUAAACAGAACAAAAAUUCACCAGAUUCUUUAUCAUUCACCAAAUGGAGGCUGUUGAUUUUGAUUCAUUUAAAGUAUAAAAUCUUUAUUAAUUGCAAACAGUGCAAUUAUUUAUACUUCACAGUGCCUUCCCAGACCUUCCACCUUAGGUUCUGCUGCAAAAAGCACAGGUAAGCACAACCUAAGGAAGUGUAUAAAUACAUAUUUCAGUAUAUUAAUGUUGUCCCUGUGAGAAUUUUUUUUUUGUGGUUGUGUAUUCAAAAGCAAUCUGCCAGUAUCUUUCCCCAAAUGUAUUCUGCUAUUCAUGGUUCCAUUCCAAUGGAAAGUCUGAAACAAUUAUUUACAUUUCUGGGUCAUUGUGUAUCUUUACUUUUAAAAGAUAAGUGGAUUGCUGCAAUAAUUUUUGAGUAAAUCACUUACUAUUUUUUCCCUUGUUAGCUGAGUUGUUACAAAUGAAUAUAAAAUAUUUUUUCAAGAUACAGGAAACACUUGGUCAGAACUUCAACAGCCUUCACAAAUGCUUUUAUACUGUAAAAGGAUGUUAUACCCAAUACUACUUACUCAAGCAUACUGUAUGUUUCUCUCAAUCCCUAAACUAAGUGAGUUUAAGUUACACACCAUAGUAAAAGUAAAAUAUAAAGUAAUCUAGCGUUCUUAUUUGAUUUGAUACAGAAGGAAAAAUUAGACUUGAAUUUUGCAGACUAGUGUUAGAAAGAAUGUGUGCCAGUGAAAUGUUAACAGUUUGGCAAAUCUUUCCUUUUUAUAGCAAUCUCCUACUUUCUUUGCUAUUUCAGCUAAAUUGCUGUAUAUUUUUUGCCAGUUUAAAUGUUUUGUAUAUGGCUUAUCUAGAUAGCUUACUGAUACAAUUUUUCAGUUGAAAUACUGAGGCAGUACCAUCCGUUUUUGGUUUAUCACUUAAUAAAAUGUUUUGAUUUAUCGAAAGUCCUGCUUUUCUCUGCAUCAAAGAAAAAUAUUCAAAAACACUGCCUUCAUUUUCACACACAGUGCUGAAGAUGCUGCAAGCACCAAAUCAUAGCUCAUAAAAUCAGGUCCUGAGAUAGUUACUUCCAAUAAAGAGGAUUCCUUUGAGUGUAUGGCCAUGGUGAGCCGAUGAGCAUGGACCAUAGAAGGGCUCCAUGUAGAAGGUAAAAUUGGCAAAACAAUACCGAUUUUAAAUGUAUCCCAUACUUAAUGGUGUAGGGUAUAAUUUGCCUGUUUUAAUCGCUUCUCAUUCUUUAAAGUGCUAUUUGCUUGACCAUAAAUGUUCCAUAACUUGUUAUGUGGUAAUAAUACAAACCAUCUAUCAGUUGACACUGCUAAAUAGUCAAGCAUAGAUAUGUUUUGCAUUUCACAACUAAAUUAAUAGUUGUACUUGAAUUCCCUCAAGCCACUUCAUUUUUUGUUGUAGUAUAACAUGUCAGAUUUCAUUUUUUAUGAGAGAACUAGAUAUGUGCUGAAGAACUUCAUUGGGUUGGGUUUUGCUUCAUUUUAAAACAAAGAUUAUUUUUGCUACUUAGUUUUUAAUGAACUCAGCUUAAAUUGAAGACAACUUCAGGGUCAAUGGGAUGUAAUGGUGGGGGGCGGGGAAUGAAAUCGUUGGCAUAGGAGAUGAUCUGCUUUUAAUAGUCUUUAUAUUGAGCAUUAUACAUUUUCUGGUGUACCUGUUAGCAUCUUCUUGUAUUGAGGGUAGUUUUGCUGUUCAGUUUCAAUCUUGGAUUUUUUUCAGAAACAAUUAUUAGUUUUCAGUAAACGGUUCUUGUGCUGUGAUAGAAUCAUUGCAAAUUUCUAAUAUGGAAUGUUAGUGCCAUGAUUAGAAUCAGAAGUGAGGUUAAUGCAUGCAUUUACCUAAAAUAAGAGAAAAUAAAUUUCAACUAACAGUAGCGGUUUAUAGACCACCCUUCAGUAUGUGUUCUGUAUAGGACAUGCUUUGCUAGUUAUCUUUUUAAAAAUCUAUAUCUAUUGUGUAAAUUACAUUUCAGUGAUUUUUUUUUUUUAGUCGUUAGGUAGGCUGUAUAAUUCACUAAUUAUCCUCUUUCCUGAAAAUAUUUCAUCAGCUGCUGGGAGACCUUCUUUUUCAUGAGCUAGACUGUAGAGCUUCUAGGUUUUUUGUACACUAGCAGUUCAUAAAGCAAGCGCUGGGCCCUGCAAAAUGCAUUCAACAGAUCCACUUUUCCUACUCCUAGUACCCUAUAAAAUUCAUGUUUUAUGCAAACUGUAUCUUAUAUGCAUGCAAGAUGCAUUUUCGUCCUGAGAUAGUGUUCUCUACAGAAACUACACGUGUUAAAAAAGAAGAUUGUCUUUAAAAGGCUACUGUGAUGGGAAGUAUCUUAGGGAGAUGCAGCUUGGACGUGAGGUAAAUCAAAUGCUUUACAGUAUGUUGUGUUGAGUUUGCAAUAUUGACAUUGUAUGUAUUCAUGAAUACACAUUAAUUGUAAUGUUUUUUUGUACGAGUUCUCAAUAAAUGUAAACUAAUGGGUAA